CAGAGCAGAACAAAACUCAAAUAAAAAGCCGUCAGAGACUCCAACUCAAAGACCUGCGUGUUUUUUUUUUCUUUUUUUUUUUUUCCUCUCUUCCCUCCCUCCCUCCCUCCCUGCCCGCCAGCCAAACCCAACACAACACUGCCUAAUUAAAAAAAAGAAAGAAGCUUAAAACCCUAAAAAAAGCGAUGGCCGCCGAUCCGAAUCAGCAGCAGCAGCAGCAGCAAGUGGGUCUCCUCUUGGGUCAAGACCCAUCCCACUUCGAAACCCUAAUCUCCCACCUGAUGUCCUCAACCAACGAGCAGCGUUCACACGCCGAGUCCCUUUUCAAUCUGUGCAAGCAGUCUCACCCAGACGCUUUAGCACUUCAACUAUCUAAUCUCCUCCAAUCCUCUCCUCGCCCGGAGUCCCGAACCAUGUCCGCCAUCCUCCUCCGCCGCCAGCUCACCGAUAUCUGGCCCCGACUCGCCGACUCCACUCGCUCCGCUCUCAAAUCCCUCCUCCUCACCUCCCUCCAGACCGAGCAAAUCAAAUCCAUCUCUAAAAAACUCUGCGACACCGUUUCUGAACUCGCCUCCCUUCUUUUACCCGACAAUUCCUGGCCUGAACUCCUCCCUUUUAUCUUCCACUGCGUCACUUCCGAUAAUCUCAUUCUCCAGGAACUUUCUCUCAUCAUUUUCGCUCAAUUGGCUCAUUAUAUCGGCGAAACCCUCGUCCCUCACCUCACCACUCUCCACGACGUUUUCCUCAAUUGCCUCGCCUCCCCUCGGAGUAAUUCCGAUGUCAGGAUCGCUUCCCUUGGCGCCGCUAUCAAUUUUGUUCAGUGCUUGUCCAGUGCCUCUGAUCGGGACCGCUUCCAGGACUUGUUGCCGUUGAUGAUGCAGACUUUGACUGAGGCAUUGAAUUGCGGUCAGGAGGUCACGGCGCAGGAGGCGCUGGAGUUGCUGAUCGAGUUGGCCGGGACGGAGCCCAGGUUUUUACGAAGGCAGUUGGUGGAUGUGGUUGGGUCCAUGUUGCAGAUUUCCGAGGCGGAGAGUUUGGAUGAGAACACUAGACAUUUGGCCAUUGAGUUUGUGAUUACGUUGGCAGAGGCCAGAGAGAGGGCGCCUGGUAUGAUGAGGAAGUUGCCACAGUUCAUCCAGAGGCUUUUUGCAGUGCUGAUGAAUAUGCUCUUAGAUGUCGAGGAUGAUCCUGCGUGGCACAAUGCCGAGACCGAGGAUGAGGAUGCCGGCGAGAGUAGUAAUUAUGCCUUCGGUCAGGAGUGUUUGGACAGGCUGUCCAUUUCGUUGGGAGGGAAUACCAUUGUGCCUGUUGCUUCCGAGCUUUUCCCGGCUUUCUUGGCUGCUCCUGAAUGGGAAAAGCAUCACGCCUCGCUCAUCGCCCUUGCUCAAAUCGCUGAGGGUUGCUCCAAGGUAAUGAUAAAAAAUCUGGAGCAGGUAGUGUCAAUGGUUUUGAAAUCAUUCCAAGAUCCCCACGCCCGGGUGCGAUGGGCAGCAAUAAAUGCAAUUGGGCAAUUGUCCACGGACUUGGGCCCAGAGUUGCAAGUUCAUUAUCAUAGUCAAGUUCUACCUGCAUUAGCUGGGGCUAUGGAUGAUUUUCACAAUCCCCGAGUUCAGGCCCAUGCGGCUUCAGCUGUGCUCAAUUUCAGUGAGAAUUGCACCCCUGAUAUUUUAACACCAUAUUUGGAUGUUAUUGUAACUAAACUUCUUGUCCUCCUCCAGAAUGGGAAGCAAAUGGUGCAAGAGGGUGCUUUGACAGCUUUAGCAUCAGUUGCUGAUUCAUCACAGGAGCAAUUCCAAAAGUAUUAUGAUGCUGUAAUGCCAUACUUGAAAGCUAUUUUGGUGAAUGCAAAUGAUAAGUCUAAUCGCAUGCUUCGUGCCAAAUCUAUGGAGUGCAUUAGUUUGGUUGGAAUGGCUGUUGGGAAGGACAAGUUUAGGGAUGAUGCUAAGCAGGUUAUGGAUGUCUUAAUGUCAUUGCAAGGGUCACAAAUGGAGUCAGAUGACCCGACUACAAGCUACAUGUUACAGGCAUGGGCCAGACUUUGCAAGUGUCUUGGGCAGGAUUUUCUUCCUUACAUGAAUGUUGUCAUGCCCCCAUUGCUUCAAUCUGCUCAACUUAAGCCUGAUGUAACUAUUACAUCUGCGGAUUCAGAUGAUGAUAUUGAUGAAGAUGAUGAAAGUAUUGAAACUAUUACUCUUGGGGAUAAAAGAAUAGGAAUCAAGACUAGUGUCCUGGAGGAAAAAGCUACAGCUUGUAACAUGCUUUGUUGCUAUGCUGAUGAGUUGAAGGAAGGAUUUUUCCCAUGGAUUGAGCAGGUUGCUCCGACAUUGGUUCCCCUUCUUAAAUUUUAUUUCCAUGAAGAAGUCAGGAAAGCAGCUGUUUCGGCCAUGCCAGAAUUGUUGCGUUCUGCUAAAUUAGCAGUAGAGAAGGGGCAGUCUAAUGGUUGUAAUGAGUCUUACAUAAAGCAAUUGUCCGAUUACAUAAUACCAGCAUUGGUGGAGGCUUUACACAAGGAGCCAGAGGUAGAAAUUUGUGCAAGCAUGUUGGAUGCAUUGAAUGAAUGCGUACAGGUUUCUGGACCACUUCUAGAUGUUAGCCAAGUAAGGUGCAUUGUGGAUGAGAUUAAACAGGUGAUCACAGCCAGUUCUUCUCGAAAACAUCAAAGAUCGGAGAGGACCAAAGCAGAGGACUUUGAUGCAGAAGAAGGGGAGCUGCUUAAGGAAGAAAAUGAACAAGAAGAAGAAGUAUUUAAUCAAGUUGGUGAUUGCUUGGGAACUUUGCUAAAAACUUUCAAGGCGUCUUUCCUGCCUUUCUUUGAUGAGCUUUCAUCCUAUGUUACUCCUAUGUUGGGCAAGGAUAAAACGGCAGAAGAGAGGAGGAUUGCCAUAUGUAUAUUUGAUGAUGUUGUGGAGCACUGCCGUGAAGCGGCCCUCAAAUACUAUGAUACGUACCUUCCUUUCCUAUUGGAAGCCUGCAAUGAUGAGAGUUCAGAUGUUCGUCAGGCAGCUGUUUAUGGGAUUGGUGUUUGUGCAGAGUUUGGUGGAUCUGUGUUCAAACCUCUUGUCGGUGAGGCUCUUUCGAGGUUGGAUGUUGUAAUAAGGCACCCUAAUGCACUGCACUCGGAUAAUGUAAUGGCAUAUGACAAUGCCGUUUCAGCUCUUGGGAAAAUAUGCCAGUUUCAUCGUGAUAGUAUAGAUGCAGCACAGGUAGUCCCUGCCUGGUUAAGCUUCUUGCCUAUAAAAGGUGAUUUGAUUGAAGCCAAGAUUGUGCAUGACCAGCUUUGUUCAAUGGCAGAAAGGUCAGAUAGAGAACUUUUAGGGCCAAACAAUCAAUAUCUUCCUAAAAUAGUUGCAGUCUUUGCUGAGGUUUUAUGUGCAGGUAAAGAUCUUGCAACGGACCAAACUGCCAGUCGAAUGAUUAAUCUGUUGAGGCAGCUUCAACAAACUUUACCACCUUCUACCCUUGCAUCAACGUGGUCAUCCUUGCAGCCUCAACAGCAGCUUGCGCUACAAUCCAUCCUUUCAUCUUAGUUGCUUUUUGAAUUGGUGGAUUUUUUUAUUGUACCUCUUUGGGAAGUCGCCUCAUCUGGUCAUCGUAAUUUUUCUUCUAUAUUGGUGAGCGUGUUUGUGAUGCCUUCCUUGGGUUGUCACAGUGUCAUUGUUCCUGAUAUGGGAAGCUGCUGCAUCAAUUUUUAUUCCAUAUGGCAUUGGUGGGCAUGUUUUGUUUCUGGAGAAGCAGUUGUGUCCAGUUGGUGUGCUUCGAUCACCCAUUCUUUUACAAAUUGUAUUACAUAAUUUGUUGUGUGGUUUGCUACUGAGGCAAUGUUUUUGGUUAGUAGAGAGUAAAGGUGAGGAGUAGAGAAUUUUUGGUAUAGAAUGUGUAUACUAGAGUUGUUGAUAGUCUGUCCUCGUCAAAAAGGAACCAAAUGAAAUAACAGCAAAUUGUUAAAAACAUACCAGUGUGGAGCUUUUUAGUGGAUGGAUGUGAGGUUGAGGUGUGUCAUGGAAGCAAACUUCUAGCAGUUUUGGUGCUUUGAAUUUUUGCUGAAUGUGAAAACAGUCCAGUGUAAUACCUUUAUUUUGUCCUCUCAACAUAUAUUCCUUGAUAAUUUCUGGUGUGAA